AUGUCUGAUAUGUACUUUAUCACUUCAUUCCUGUUAGCCCUGCUGUUGUUUCCGCACACGGUGGGAGGAAAGAGAAAAUGUGGAUGUAAUCUGACGCUUAAUACUAUUCGUAAUUAUUAUGUGGAUGGAGAUUGGAUUAUUGGAGGUAUCGUUACAGUAAACAUAGAUUAUGAUCUCUUUCUCACAGAUUUUCGAGUUAAUGCAAAAUUCAGAGGAUGCACCCAAUUGAAUGUCUGGAAUUAUCAGAAUGUACUGGCCUUUGUCUUUGCUAUCAGUGAAAUUAAUAAGAACCCUUAUCUCCUGCCGAAUAUAACACUUGGCUUCCAUAUUGUUGACAACUGUUUAAAUGAAGAACGAGCAAUGCUUGGAAUAAUUGACGUUCUAUGUGGAGGAAACAUGCGAAUACCCAACUAUCGAUGCCUACACUCACAUCAUUUGGUGGCUGUUGUUGAUGGAAUAUCCACAAGACUGACCUUAAUGUUGGCCAGGAUUUUGGGAAUUUACAAGAUCCCACAGGACUGCAUUGAGGAAACUCUGGUCAGGAGCUUGCGCUUCCUCAAUAGCAAAAGGCUGCCUCUCAAGUUAUUUGACCUAUCCUGGCUCUCCCUUCAGGGAAAGCUCUUUGUUAGGGAGAAUGUCAAGUAUUUGUUGUUGGUGUAUUUUGGUUCAGAUGUGAUCUUGAUCUUUAGUUCGAAUAUUAGCUACAGUUCUGUUGGCCAUAAAUUAAGUGAUAAGAUCCAAUUUCCCUCUUUUUAUCAGACUGUACCAAGUAAUGUUUUCCAGUACUUGGCCAUUAUUAAAUUAAUAAAAUAUUUUUCAUGGACAUGGGUGGGAAUAUUUGUUUCAGAUGAUGAGUUUGGCUUGCCGAUCAGUCAGUUACUACAGAGAGAACUUACCCAGAAUGAUAUUUGUGUGGCCUUCAUUGAAUUUCUAAUUAAAGGACAAAUGAAAGCAGACUACAGAAUGAAAGUUUCUAAAAGUAUUAAUUCAACCAAUGUCAUUAUAUUGUAUUGUGAUCGAGAUUAUGUUGUUACAUUACAAGAUAUACUAUUUCAAGUUCCAGUAUCAGGCAAGGUGUGGAUCAUCUCCUCUCAGUGGGAUGUUUUGAUUGGAAAUGACCAUUAUUUUAAAGGGCUUGAGCCAUUCAAUGGCAGUCUGGCUUUCACUCCACAUAAAGGAGCAAUGCCUGGCUUCAAGGAGUUUAUUUCAAGCAUAAAGCCAGAUCUUUACCCCAAAGAUAUCUUUAUGUUUACAGCCUGGCUUGAACUCUUUGAGUGUGCCUACAAUAAAACUAUUGGAUUUGGUACGGACACAUGCACAGGAAAAGAGAUAAACCAAUAUGAAGGGUUCAGUGAGGAAAUCACUUACCACAGCUACAGUAUAUAUAAUGCUGUAUAUGCCUUGGCCCAGGCCUUACAUGUUACGCAGUUAGAGAAAAGGAGACAAGACAGCGACGGACAUUUUUUUAGACCUUGGGAGAGUAAUAAAUAUUUGAAAGACAACAGUUUCAUAAACGGUGGAGGGGAAACAAUAUCUUUUGAUCAAAAUGGAGAAAUUCCCUCUAAGUUUGACAUUCUGAAUUGGGUGAUCAAGCCCAACCACAAUCUUCAUAGUAUCAAAGUUGGAGGUUAUGAUCAGCUAAACAGUUUCCAAAGUCUAACAAUUAAUGAAAGUCUUAUAAGGUGGUCCCCAGCAUUCAAUCAGACCCCAUUCUCAUCCUGCAGUGAAACCUGCCUUAGAGGAUAUAGAAAGACGCCUAAAGUUGGAUAUCCAGCCUGUUGCUAUGACUGUAUCCCCUGCCCAGAUGGUGAGAUAACAAACCAAACAGAUAUGAAAUUCUGUAUCAAAUGUCCCCAAACCCAAUGGCACAAUGAGAAGAAAGAAAAGUGUAUAAAUAAACACAUUACCUAUUUAUCCUAUAAAGAAGCACUGGGUACAUCGAUGGCGUCAAUAUCAGUCUUUUUAUUUUUUUUCACGUGUUUGGUUAUGGCCGUUUUUAUAAAAUACCAGAACACCCCAAUUGUUAAGGCUAACAACAGAAAUCUCAGCUACAUACUCCUCUUCUCCCUCAAGAUGUGUUUCCUCUGUACUUUAAUAUUUAUUGGCCAUCCUAUUAAAUUAACCUGCAUGCUUCGUCAGACAAUGUUUGCAAUUGUUUUCUCUAUUUCCCUUUCCUCUAUCCUGGCUAAAACGGUGACCGUAGUCAUUGUGUUUCAUGCUACCAGGCCAGGAAGCAAGUUAAAGAACUGCAUGGGAUCUAAAAUGUCAGUCUCUUUUGUAUUGUUCUGUUCAUUUGUUCAAGUUGUAAUAUGUGCUUGUUGGCUGGGAAUUUCUCCCCCAUUCCCACAGUAUAACAUGGAGGAUGAAGUUGGAAAGAUAAUUGCUGAAUGUAAUGAAGAAUCAACUGUUGGAUUUUACUGUGUCCUGGGAUACCUGUUGAUUCUGGCCUCUCUCAGUUUCAUCAUUGCUUUCCUUGCAAGGGACCUGCCUGACACUUUCAAUGAAGCCAAACUCAUCACCUUCAGCAUGUUGAAGUUCUGCAGUGUGUGGAUCUCUUUUAUUCCAGCCUAUGUGAGCACUAAAGGCAAAAAUGUUGUAGCAGUGGAAAUAUUUGCUAUCCUGGCUUCUAGCAUGGCACUACUGGGCUGUAUAUUUAUCCCUAAGUGUUAUAUUAUACUUCUAAAGCCUGAAUGUAACACUAGAAAUUGUGUUAAAAGAAUUGAGCACAAUAUCAUAAUUCAUCACUAG